UCCCUAAAGAUUAGUAACACCAAGGAUUGCUGGUCGAAUACAUCUUGUUUAAGUGUAGAGGAGGUAGCAAGGAGACUUAAACCUCUUACCUUAUCUUCAUUUUCGGUUGCUUUGGUUCCAUCUGCUCUAUCUGCUUCCUUCCUUUGAUUAAGUUGCAUUUGAUCCUUAUGUACUUCUUAGGUGUUAGUACCAACGUGACCUUGUCUUCAUGCACAAAAGUGUCUAUUGGUGAAGCCAUCAUGAACAGCUUUAUUUUCAUAUUGAGAAGGCCUUCCAAACAAGAUAUGACUUGUUUCCAUGGGUAGGACAUCACAUUCGACCAUGUCUUUGUAUCGAACAAUAGUAAAAGAAAUGUCAACCUGAUGGGUCAAACGCAUCUCACCUUCUUCACUUAGCCGCUGAAGAGUGUAGGGUUUUGGGUGUUUAUGGACCUUCAACUCGAUCUUAUCCACCAAAACCUCACUAGCUGCAUUGGUGCAACUUCCACCAUCUAUGAUAAGACUACGUACAGUCUUUGUCUUGAAUGAAACAACGUGUGUGGAACAAGAGAGGAUAAGACAGAUUUUACCAAAUCACUCAAUUUAUCAUUUUUUGUGACAUCCCAUUUAGGUUUAUGAAAAUUGUUUCCUAAACUUACUCAAACCCAAUAAAAUUGUAUUUCAAUCCAGAAUAUUGAAUAUUGAAUUCUAAAUAAUCAAAGUUGCAAUGAAUUUAGGUAAGGAAAACAAACUUAUCUCAUUCCCGAAUAAUCAAAGUUGCUCACACGAUAUGGAGAGAAAGAAAUAAGAUCAACCAUGGCGAGAAACCUUUGCCCAUAGCUGUUGUGCAGAAGCUUGUUGACAAAGGAGUCAUAAACAAACUAAGCUUAUUGAGAUUGAAAGGAGAAAAGGGUAUGGAAAAAUAUUUUGUGGACUAUCAGAAGUAAAGAAAUAAAAUGAUAGGAAAUAUCUUUUAUUAUGGUCUACACUUUGAUGUAAAAAAAAACUUUUUUGAUGAAUAAAAAUUUAACAUUCAUUCAAAAAAAAAGAUAGAUCUCGUCUUCAAAGCAUUUAAAAUAUUCUAGUAUUUCCAAUGUUUGAAUAAUUAUAUAAUGAAAAUGCUAUUUACAAAAAAAAAUGACAGAAAAAUCAUAUUUAAAACGUCUAAAGUAAUAUUUAUAUUUAGUUUAAGUUUUAAAUGAUUUUUACCGGCAUUUCUACUUCAACUUAAAAAGUGAUAAUGCGGAAUUAUAAUAAAGUAAUUACUGAUAAAGCGCAAUUUAUUUUAAUAAUAAAAAUAAAUUAUUAUUUAAAAUAUACCAUCUUAUGUUUUUCAAAAAUAAUAGUUUAAAAAUUAUUUUUUUUUUAAAUUAUUGUUUUGGAACUUUAAUAUUUUAUAUAUAUAGUUUUUGAGAACUUUUAAAAAUUUACUUUAGUAGCUUUUAUUAAAAGUAUUUCCCCUUUAUUUUUUAGAGAGAGAAGAAAAACAAAUAUUUAUUUAAGCAGACGAAAAAGCCAAUCUUCCGUCGCUGGUUGGGCAACUCGAUCAUCUUCUACCUAACGCCACUAUCAAUCUUAUCAUUCUCCCGCUCUGAUCUUUAUCCUUUACGUAUGAUCUGUGCUUAAUUCUCCCAUACAUUUUGCCGUAUCGCUGCGCUUCGGGAGUGGUGAUCGGAAACCGAAAGUACUCUCUUAAUUAACGAUGGCGGCGAAGACGGCCAGAAUAAAAAGCACACCGACGAAGGAAAACGGUGUUAGAGUGGAGGAAGGCCUGAGUAUAUUCAAGUCUGAUAAGUUCGAUGCUGACGCUUAUGUUCAAUCCAAAUGUUCUAUCAACCACAAGGAUAUAAAGCAGUUAUGCUCCUAUCUAUUGGAUUUGAAGAGAGCUUCUGCUGAAGAAAUGCGGCGCAGUGUUUAUGCUAAUUAUCCAUCCUUUAUACGCACAUCGAAAGAGAUAUCGGAUUUGGAAGGGGAGCUAUCAUCUAUCAGAAAUCUCCUCUCCACUCAGGCCACUCUAAUUCACGCCUUAGCAAACGGAGUCUACAUUGACGACGAUAAACCGUCUGAUGAUGUGUUGAAUUUUGGAGAUAAUGACCUCUCUGAUCUAGAGAAAUGGGCUGCAGAGUACAUUGACCAGCUUGAUGCUUUAUUAGCCGAAAGAAGAGUCGAUGAAGCUCUAACAGCUUUUGACGAGGGAGAAAUUUUGAUAUCUCAAGCAAACGAAAGCCACACUCUAAGCUCUUCUCUCCAGUUUGCUAUUUCCCAACGCAAGCGAAAAAUGGCUGACCAACUUGCCAAAGCUGCUUGUCAACCUUCGACUCGAGGCGGGGAGCUUCGUUCAAUAAUAACGGCUCUAAAAAGGCUUGGAGAUGGGCCUAGAGCCCAUACUGUGCUUCUUGAUGCCCAUUUCCAGAGAUAUCAAUACAACAUGCAGAGUCUUCGUCCAUCUAGCAAUGGAGUAGCGUACACUGCUGCUGCACUUUCUCAGCUUUUUUUCUCAGCUAUCUCUCACGCUUCCAGCGAUUCAUUGGGGAUCUUUGGGGAAGAGCCAGCGUAUAGCUCUGAGCUCGUGACUUGGGCUACUAAGCAAACAGAGGCGUUUUUUUUCCUUCUCGUUAAAAAGCAUGCGUUAGCUUCUUCUGGAGGACUAAGAGCCGCCGCAGAGUGUGCACAGAUAGCUCUUGGUCAUUGCUCUUUGUUGGAAGCUCGUGGUUUGUCCCUCUGCCCUGUGCUUUUAAAGCACUUUAAGCCUGUCGUGGAACAGGCUUUGGAGGCAAAUCUUAAGCGCAUUGAAGAUAACACUGCAGGUAUGGCUGCUGCAGAUGAUUGGGUGCUGACGUACCCUCCUGCUGGUAGUCGCCAUGUUGGUACGGCAUUUCAGAAUAAGCUUACAUCCAGUGCCCACCGCUUUAACCUGAUGGUCCAGGACUUCUUUGAGGAUGUAGGACCUCUUCUAAGUAAGCAGUUGGGAAGUAAAGCGCUAGAAGGGCUAUUUAUAGUGUUCAACUCAUAUGUAGAUGUGCUGAUUAGAGCACUUCCUGGUUCCAUAGAAGACGAAGGAGAGGCAAAUUUUGAAGGUUUUGGUAAUAAGAUUGUCCAAAUGGCUCAGACCGAGGCACACCAACUUGCAUUACUUGCAAAUGCAUCACUGCUAGCGGGUGAAUUGCUCCCACGUGCUGCCAUGAAACUCACUCCUCUUGAUCAGACAAGUCACAGGACAGAUGGCAUAAGGAGACCUUCAGACAGACAAAAUCGUAAUCCUGAACAACGUGAGUGGAAGAGACGUUUACUUAGUACUGUUGACAAGUUAAAAGAUGCGUUUUGUUGCCAGCAUGCCUUGGAUCUCAUUUUUACCGAGGAAGGAGAUUGCCGUUUGUCUGCAGAUAUGUACAUAAACAUGGAUGAAAAUGGCGACGAUGUGGACUGGUUUCCAUCUCUGGUAUUUCAGGAACUUUUUGCCAAAUUUAACAGGAUGGCAAGUUUAGCAGCGGAUAUGUUUGUAGGAAGAGAAAGAUUUGCCACAUCUUUGUUGAUGCGAUUAAAAGAGACUGUGAUCUUAUGGCUUUCCGGAGACCAGAGCUUUUGGGAUGACAUUGAGAAAGGUCCUAGACCUUUGGGACCUCUUGGCCUCCGGCAGCUGUAUUUGGACAUGAAGUUUGUCACAUGCUUUGCAUCCCAAGGUCGCUACCCAUUGAGGAAUUUGAACAGGGGAACUAAUGAGAUAAUAUCUAAAGCCUUAGCAGCUUUCACUGCAACGGGACUGGAUAGUGAGCUGCCAAAAGACGACUGGUUUACUGAAAUAUGUCUGGAUGGAAUGGAAAGAUUGAGUGGUAAAGCAGAAGGCAACAAUGGGGAAGUCCACAGCCCGACUGCUUCUGUCUCGGCUCAGUCUGUUUCAUCGGCGAGAUCACAUGGCAGCUGUUGAACCAACCAACCCCCAUAUUAUAUAUUAUGUAUGUAAAGAAGCUUAGUGGUAAGAACUUUUGAUUUUCUCUUUUCAGCUCUGCUUUUCUUUUAUAGAAUCUCAAAUUAUUGAUGCAAGGGUGUGUAAAUGUGGUUGAGUUGAAUGUUUUCUUUUAUUGGUCCUUUCUUAUCUCUUGUUCUUUGGGUUGUCAAGUAAAGAGAAUGUUGAUCUUUA